AGCAGAUCUGGGGAUGGGAUCGUCCACGGCGAGGCAGUUCACCUCGGGCUUGCUGAAUGCGCCGAUGGAUCACCAAGAUCUGGCCUUAUUGUGCAUCUUCGCGUGCCAGGCGACUGAGUGGCCAUGCAUCUGCUCUGCCGCAGGACGGCAACUACCGCGAUGUUGCUGCUGCAGAUGACGAGUGGGAAGGAUGUGUUGCUGUGGCGUUUGGUGCGCUGCGGGAUGAGCUGAAUGAGAGAAUCGUACGGUCUGCACUGAAGAUGGAGGAGGUGCGGACUGUGGAAGACCUUGAAGGCCUCCUGAAGCUCGUCAGGUACACGACAAUGCCAACAGUGUCCACUUUUGGGCGAUCAAUCCGUGGGGGAUGUGUCAGGUAUUCCACUAGCUUCGAUGAUUGCUAUGGGUCGGGCACCCGCCAUCUAUCGACGUUCCCUCUGUUCUUGACAGUCGGCCGAAUCGCACUCUCACUGCAACGGAGAACGUCUUCUGCUCGCGUCGACUCGUCUGUGCCCAGUGAGGGCUCCCGCCGUCUUGCCAAGCUGAGCGCCCAGCACGGCGCACCGAGAGAGAUCGGCAUCGGUGUUGGCAAGGAGUGCCCUCGAGUGCUGUUCGAGUCACGGCAUAUCAUCGUCAUGAGCAAGCCAUCCUACUGGGUCGUCAAUCCUGAGAAGGACGCUACAUGUAAUGGGGGAAACCGGAGAAGGAGGGAGCUGUCACUUGAGCGGCUGGUGCGGUCGGUGCAUCCUGCUCCCUACCACGAGUUGAUCCGUCAGCUGUGGGGAGUUGAGUCGGAGGUCAACCGUGAUCCCCUCCGCUCCUAUGGGCUGUGCAGCAGACUGGACCUGGAAACAAGCGGGUGGGUCAGCAAGGGAGAGGGGAUGAGCGUGGGUGAAUAAAGAAGUGUCUGUCUGUCUCUGUGUUUGGGGGACUGAAUGGGAUGGGCCAGGUUGCUUCCCAUUGCGCGGUCUGACGUGGCCUAUACGUGGCUUCGGCUGCAGUGGGAUGCACGGAUACCCGAGAAGGUGAGAAAGAGAGCAAUACCAAAAACGACCGAAGCAACCCAACACGUUUGUCCCGUCACCGCCCUUCUCCUGCAUCCUUCUUCUCCUCAGUACUACGUCUGUCUGGUGCACGGUCACGUCCCUGAGGGCCUCCACACCUGCAGCCGCCCCAUCAAGGCCACCCGCUUCACCCACAACAGCCGCGAGUACAAGAUCAGCACUGUCGACACCACGGCAGGGUCGCCCGCCCUCACCUACUGGCAGCCGCUCGCAUAUUUCCGGCGUUACGACAUGGCGCUGACCCUCCUCUAUGUCCGCAUUGUGACCGGCCGGACACACCAGAUACGGCUGCACUGCUCGGAACAGGGCUUCCCUCUCGUGGGCGAUCGGAAGUACUGUGGGAAGGGGAGGCUCGCAUCGUCUGCUGCUGACGACAAGACCUGGUCCACGAGGAUCUUCCUGCACGCCGCGAGGCUGUCCUUUUACGACUUGCCAUCUGAUCGCUUCGUUGCUGAUGGCGAUGUGCGGUCGCUGGGCCCCCCCCUUUCGGUCAGCUGUCCAUUAUCUGGUGAUUUGCGUCGUGUACUGGUGCAUAAGCUGACGCCGGUGUGUCUGCCGAAAGAUGACCAACUUGUAGUGGGUGAAACGGCUGUGAGCGUGCAGACGUGCAUGCGUGAUUUGGGGCUGGCGAAGCUGUAUGAUGCCUUGGCUUCCGAGAGAAGGGGCCUGUGAGGUGGGGGAGUUUUGUACAGCUUCUCUGUCUUUGUUUGUGUUCAGACGGCGGCGUUUGUGCGCGAGAAUGGUACUGUAACGCAGUGAGUGAGGGAUUCGGUGGCGGGGGGGGUGGGGGACGGUUGACAGGCGGACAGACGAAUGUGUGUAGAUGGCGUGAACGUAAGUAUGUAUGUGCAGGUAUAGCUCGAUGCCUGACUGCAUGUGUGCG